AUGCCGGACGGAGAAACCUCCUCCUGUCGUGUAGUCUCUGUUUCCCCAACUCCAGCAUCCAUGUCCACCACCACCUCUGCUUCUUCUUCUUGUUCUUCAGGUUUGACGGUCGAGGAUGGGGUCGAAUAUCCGGCCGAAGUUCAAAGGACGGCGAAAGAUCCUAGAAGAACCGCUAGAAAGUAUCAGCUAGAGCUGUGCAAGAAAGCUAUGGAGGAGAACAUAAUUGUCUGGCUGGGGACAGGUUGUGGGAAGACCCACAUUGCGGUGCUGCUUAUUCAUGAAUUUGGGCAUUUGAUCAGGAGUCCUCAGAGGAAAGUCUGUGUCUUUCUAGCGCCUACAGUUGCUUUGGUGAAUCAGCAAGCCAAGGUUAUUGAAGAUUCUGUUGAUUUCAAGGUCGGCAUUCAUUGUGGGAGCUCCCAGAAAUCAAAUUCCCAUUCAGAUUGGGAAAAAGAAAUUGAAGAUUGUGAGGUUCUUGUCAUGACACCUCAAAUUCUGCUGCACAAUUUGAGUCACAGCUUCAUCACGAUGGAACUGAUUGCGCUUCUGAUAUUCGACGAGUGCCAUCAUGCCCAAGCUAAAAGCGAUCAUCCAUAUUCGAAGAUUAUGAAAGUUUUCUAUAACAACAAUACUGGCAGACUCCCACAUAUAUUUGGCAUGACUGCAUCACCAGUUGUGGGGAAAGGCGCUUCUAGUCAAGAAAAUUUAUCAAAGAGCAUCAAUAGUCUUGAAUCAUUAUUGAAUUGUAAGGUUUAUUCAGUAGAAAAUAAGGAAGAAUUGGAUCGUUAUGUCGCUAAUCCUACUGUUAGAAUAUAUUUGUAUCGGGUAUUGCCCUCUCACGAGAGAUGUGCCACUAGACUUGGGGAAGUUAUGCGUCAGUGCAUAUUAGAACUUAGGAAGAAGCCAGACUACCGCACCAGUCUUGAAAGUUUUCAAAGCACCAAAAGGUUCCUCCACAGAGUGCAUGAUAACAUGCUAUUUUGUUUGGAAAACCUUGGCCUCUUUGGAGCUCUACAAGCUUCCCAAGUUCUUUUGAGUGGUGACCAAUCAGAGUGGAAUGCAUUGAUGGAAGCAGAAGGAAUGCUCAGUGAUGGCUCUGUGCGUGAUAAAUAUCUAGCUGAAGCUGCAAACGUAAUCUCUGCCAACUGCACAGUUGAUGGCAUUGCAUGUGAUGUAUCAUCCACGGAGGUUUUAAGGGAGCCAUUCUUCUCAGCAAAGCUUUUACGGCUUAUUGGAAUUCUUUCUGAAUUCAGGUUGCAGCGUGAUAUGAAGUGUAUCAUCUUUGUCAAUAGGAUUGUCACAGCAAGAUCCUUGUCUUACAUACUGCAAAAUCUUAAAAACUUACCCUCUUGGAAGUGUGGCUUUCUAGUUGGGGUCCAUUCUGGAUUGAAGAGUAUGUCCCGAAAAACAAUGAACAACAUUCUGGAGCAGUUCCGCACCGGAAAGUUGAAUUUGUUGGUUGCAACUAAAGUAGGCGAAGAAGGACUUGACAUUCAGACGUGUUGCCUCGUAAUCCGUUUUGACCUUCCAGAAACUGUCGCGAGCUUCAUACAAUCAAGAGGUCGUGCUCGAAUGCCCCAGUCUGAAUAUGCAUUUUUGGUGAACAGUGACAACCAAAAUGAGCGAGACUUAAUAGAAAGCUUCCAGGAAGAUGAACAAAGGAUGAACAUCGAAAUCUCUUGCAGAACAACUGAUGAGAAAUUUGAUAGUCCUGAGGAAAGUGUAUACAAAGUAGAAACAUCCGGUGCUUGCAUCAGUUCUGGAUACAGUAUUUCAUUGCUCUAUCACUACUGUGCAAAACUCCCUCGUGAUGAGUUCUUUGACCCUAAGCCAGAAUUUUACUAUUUGAAUGACUUGGAGGGUACUGUAUGUCAGAUUAUCUUGCCUUCCAAUGCUCCCCUACAUCAAAUAAUCAGUGUGCCACAUUCUUGUAUGGAAGCUGCAAAAAAGGAUGCUUGUCUGAAAGCCAUUGAACAGUUACAUAAGCUCGGUGCAUUAAACAAUUUUCUUUUGCCCGAGCGAGGGAGUUUAGAGGAAGAAUUAGCAGAGGAAGACUGCAUUGAGCCCGAAGAGCAGGGAUCCCGAGAACUUCAUGAGAUGCUUAUCCCCACAAUCCUGAAGGAAUCAUGGACAAGUACUGAUGAUGUUGUCCUUCUGAGCUCUUAUUAUAUAGAAUUCCAUCCAGUUCCAGAGGAUCGUACCUAUAAGAAGUUUGGUCUUUUUGUCAAGACACCUUUACCGCUAGAUGCUGCAAGCAUGGAACUUGAUCUGCAUUUGGCCCGUGGCAGAUAUGUUGCAACAAAGCUUGUCCCAUCCAGAAUGUCAGCCUUUAAUAGAGAUGAGAUUGUGCAGGCACAGAAUUUCCAAGAAAUGUUUUUCAAAGUCAUUCUCGACCGUUCUGAACUUACUUCUGGAUUUGUUCAUUUGGGAAAGAAUGGUUUCUCUAAAUCAAGCCCAACUUUCUACUUACUACUUCCCGUCAUUUUGGAUGGUUGUGCAAAUGAAGUGUUGGUUGAUUGGGAUAUCAUCAAAACAUGUUUAUCAUCUCCCGUUUUCAGAAGUCCUGGUGAUAUGAAAGUGGAGGAAGAUCCUAUCUCUGACACUCAUUUGCUACUAGCUAAUGGUCGUAAAAAGAUAACGGAUGUAGAAAAUAGUUUAGUCUAUGCUCCAUAUAAGAAAAUAUUUUACUUUAUUACCAACGUCAUUCCUGGAAAGAAUGGUUUCAGCCCACAUAAAGGUUCAGAACCUCCCAGCCAUAUGGAGCACUUGACUACAACGAAUAACAUCGAUCUGAAGUAUCCUAAACAGCCACUUCUACGUGCAAAACCACUGUUUCAGUUGCACAACUUGCUACACAAUCGAAUAAAAGAAAAAUCAGAAUAUUUGGAACUAGAUGAGUACUUCAUUGAUUUGGCUCCAGAGCUCUGCGAGUUGAAGAUUGUUGGUUUUUCUAAAGAUAUUGGGAGUUCAAUAUCUCUGUUACCGUCAAUCAUGCAUCGUCUUCAGAACUUGCUUGUGGCCAUUGAACUGAAGGGCUUAUUAUCUGCUUCAUUUUCCGAGGGAGCUGAAAUCACUGCCAAUAGAGUCCUGGAAGCGCUCACCACAGAAAAUUGCCAAGAACGCCUUUCUCUAGAACGACUGGAAAUUCUUGGUGAUGCAUUUCUCAAAUUUGCUGUUGGUCGGCGCCUUUUUCUAAUGGACGAUCUUCUUGAUGAGGGGGAGCUGACCAACAAAAGAUCUAAUGCAGUUAAUAAUUCCAAUCUGUUCAAGUUAGCAGUUAGAAGCAACUUACAGGUGUAUAUACGUGAUCAGCCAUUUGAUCCAUUUCAAUUUUUUGCUCUGGGCCAUCCUUGCAAAGUAAUUUGCACCGAGGAAUCAGAAGCAGCUGUUCAUAAUGUAUCUAGGUCCUCAGUAGAUAAUCCCAAUAGUGAAAUGAGAUGCAGUAAAAAUCAUCAUUGGCUGCACAAGAAAACAAUGGCUGAUGCAGUUGAAGCUCUUGUUGGAGGGUUUAUAGUCGAUAGUGGAUUCAAAGCUGCAGCUGCUUUCCUUAGAUGGAUUGGCAUUAAAGUUGAAUUCGGAGAAUCCCAAGUUACUGAAAUUUGUGCUGCAAGCAUUCGGUACAUGCCACUUGCUGCUUCUGUGAACAUUGCUGCUCUUGAGAACUCACUAGGGUAUUCCUUUCAUCACAAAGGCCUGCUUCUACAAGCGUUUCUUCAUCCUUCUUACAACAAGCAUGGAGGAGGCUGCUAUCAGAGACUGGAAUUUCUCGGAGAUGCUGUCAUGGAUUACCUUAUCACCUCAUAUUUGUUCUCAGUUUAUCCAAAGAUGAAGCCUGGGCACUUGACGGAUCUUAGAUCAGCAUUGGUCAACAAUAGGGCUUUUGCCAAUGUUGCAGUUGCUCGAUCUUUCCACAAGUUUCUUAUUAGUGAUUCCAGUGCCCUCUCUGAGGCCAUAGAAGCUUAUGUGGACUUUGUUCAAGCACCUGCUAAAGAAGGAGGUUUUCGUGAAGGGCCAAGAUGUCCCAAGGCACUUGGUGAUGUAGUUGAAUCUUGUAUGGGUGCCAUCCUUCUUGACACGGGGUUUGAUCUGAACCACGUCUGGAAGUUAGUACUAUCAUUUUUGGACCCUAUUAUGAAGUGUCCCAACCUGAAGCUCAACUAUGUUAGGGAGUUGCGAGAAUUAUGCCAGUCGUACAACUGGGUUUUGGAGUUUGAAUCAUCAAAGAAAGGAAGAGCCUUCUCAGUUGAAGCCAAAGUGAGCAGUAAAGAUGUGUCUCUAUCAGCCUCUGCAUGCUACUCAAACAAGAAAGAAGCCACGAUGAUUGCGUCCCAGAAAGUAUUUGCGAAUUUAAGGGCUCAGGGUCACGGUCAAAAGUCCAACUCUCUUGAGCAAGUUUUGAAGCAUAGUAACAAGGAAGAGGCCAAGUUGAUAGGAUUUGAUGAAACUCCUGUCGACAUUGCCACUGCUGAUGCCUAUGAACCCAGAGGGCGUGUCUAUGAUCCCCAGCAUUAUUCACUCAAAAGAGUUGGUGAUCGUACACCACCACCUUGUUCGAGUUCUUCCAGCACAAAAUCCCAACCUUCAAUAGCAUUACGGGCAUCAGCUGUUAUCCACCAACGAUCAGCAAGAACGAGAUUAUAUGAAGCAUGCACUGCAAACUGUUGGAACCCUCCUUUGUUCGAUUGCUGCUUUGAAGAAGGACCAAGCCACUUGAAGUCUUUUGUUUUCAAGGUCACGGUGGAAAUGGAAGACUCACAGAGCAUGACGUUGGAGUGUUUUGGGAAUUCUCAUACCAGGAAGAAAGUUGCAGCCGAGAGCGCAGCAGAGGCCGCACUAUGGUACCUUAAACAUGAAGGUUAUGUACUAUGA